CCGAACGUAUAUGCGUGCAGCUAAUUGUCUUGUAGAUCGAGGUAUGUUUUAGCCCGACCCGCCCUGCUGGCAGGAUAUCGCGACCUGACAGCGCGCUAAGGUGACCCCGGAAUCUCGACUCGCCUUUAUCUCCGAACAACUGUGUAUUGGUUGCGGUAUCUGCCCGAAGCGCUGCCCCUUCGGCGCCAUCACUAUCAUCAAUUUGCCCACCAACCUCGAGAGCCAAAUCACCCAUCGAUAUGCUGCCAACAGCUUCAAGCUCCAUCGCCUUCCCAUGCCGAGACCCGGAAAUGUCCUAGGUCUGGUGGGAACCAACGGUAUUGGCAAGAGUACGGCUCUCAAGAUCCUCAGCGGCAAGCUCAAGCCCAACCUCGGCAAGUACGACAACCCACCGGAUUGGGAGGAUGUGAUCAAGUAUUUCCGCGGCUCUGAGUUGCAGAACUACUUCACUAAGCUGCUCGAGGAUGACCUCAAGGCCGUCGUCAAGCCGCAGUACGUCGACCAGAUUCCCAAGGCCAUCCGCACCCCCGACAAGAGCGUCAAGGCCUUGAUUGAAAGCCGCGUCUCGAUGGACAACCUCGACGAGGUGCUUGACACUUUGGAGCUGCGGCACAUUUAUGACCGCGAUGUUACACACCUGUCUGGUGGUGAGCUCCAGCGUUUCGCCAUUGGCACCGUCUGUGUCCAGAACGCCGAUGUCUACAUGUUCGAUGAGCCGUCGUCGUACCUCGAUGUCAAGCAAAGACUGAGUGCGGGCCGCAUCAUUCGGUCGCUGCUGCGUCCUGAUGACUACGUCAUCGUUGUCGAACACGAUCUGUCUGUGUUAGACUAUCUCUCGGAUUACGUCUGUGUUCUCUAUGGUCAGCCUGCGGUUUAUGGUGUCGUUACCCUCCCGUACUCCGUCCGCGAAGGCAUCAACAUCUUCCUGGAUGGCCACAUUCCGACCGAGAACCUGCGUUUCCGUGAGGAAAGCUUGACCUUCCGCAUCGCAGAAGGCACCGAGGAUUUCGUUGCCGAGAAAUCGCGGGCUUUCCGUUACCCGGCCAUGGAGAAGACGCUUGGCAACUUCAAGCUGAGCAUUGACGCCGGUUCUUUUUCUGAUUCGGAAAUUAUUGUCAUGAUGGGUGAGAACGGUACCGGAAAGACAACUUUUUGCCGUCUUUUGGCUGGUUCGCUCAAACCUGAUGGAACUCAAAAGGUUCCUGAGAUGAGGAUCAGCAUGAAGCCGCAAACCAUUACGCCCAAGUUCGAGGGUACUGUGCGGCAGCUCUUCUUCAAGAAGAUCAAGGCAGCCUUCCUGUCUCCCCAGUUCCAGACUGACGUCGUCAAGCCCCUCAAGCUUGACGACUUCAUUGACCAGGAAGUGAAGAAUCUUUCCGGUGGUGAACUUCAGAGAGUUGCCAUUGUCCUGGCCCUGGGUAUGCCGGCGGAUAUCUACCUCAUUGAUGAGCCCUCUGCGUAUCUCGAUUCUGAACAGCGUAUCAUGGCUAGCCGUGUCAUCAAGCGAUUCAUCAUGCACGCUAAGAAGACUGCCUUCAUUGUAGAGCACGAUUUCAUCAUGGCCACUUAUCUGGCCGAUCGUGUCAUUGUCUUCGACGGCCAGCCCGGUAUCAAUGCGCACGCCAACAAGCCCGAGUCGCUGCUUACGGGUUGCAACACCUUCUUGAAGAACUUAGAUGUCACCUUCCGCCGUGACCCCACCAACUUCCGGCCUCGUAUCAACAAGGCCAACUCGCAGCUCGACCAGGAGCAGAAGCUCAGCGGCAACUACUUCUUCCUGGAAGAGGGCGAGAAGAGCUCGUGAAAAGGGCAUUCCAAAGGACACCCACCACAAGCACGACCGUCGUCCCCCUCACAAUGAUGCAUCCAAUCCUGGCGUUCUAGGCGUUCAAAAUGGCGGGAAUUGUAAAUGUCGCCCGGAUUGCGUCGGGAGAAGUGCUGACGGUGCAUCUGAUGAGGGAGGCG